AUGUCUCUACAUAUUUUCGUCGACGCUAGUACCUUAUCAUAUGGUGCUACAGCCUACCUGUGUACAUCAAACCAGUCUACCUUAGUUAUGGCAAAGACCCGUGUAGCUCCACUGAAGAAACUUACGUUACCCCGCCUAGAACUUAUGGCAGCUGUGGUGGGUUCACGCUUAGCCACCCAUCUCCAGUCUUCAUGCAAUAUUGGUUCAAAUAAUACCUACCUGUUGUCUGACUCCCGGAUUUUUCUACAUUGGCUACAAACCAACAAAUCAUUGAAGCGAUUUGUGAAAAAUCGAGUUAAAGAGAUUCAACAACUUACCUGUUCCCAGAAUUGGAAAUAUUGCCCCACUCAAGACAACCCCGCUGACUUAAUGACACGCGGUAUAUCAGCGACACUGUUUACCAACAGCAAGAUCUGGAUGAAUGGUCUUUCCUUGAUAACCAAACCAUUAAAUUGGCCAGCAUGGCAUAAUAACGAUGCGACUGUGAUGACAACAGUAUCGAGUGAUUCAUUAGAGUAUGAACAAGGGAGACAACCGCCACAAGAUUCACCAGAAUCGCGUACAGAGUUACGUAACUUUAUUGACGUAACUAAAAUCAGCAAGUACACGAAACUUCAACGAGUGACAGCGUAUGUACUACGGUUCAUAAAUAAAUGCAGAGAGAAAACCUACCCACAUCAUGAUCAACUGACAACUAAUGAACUACAGAAAGCAGAGGUAGUCUUACUACACAGCUGCCAACAUAAUACUUACCAGGAAGAGAUCACAAAGCUGAGAACAAGUGUUCGUACAAUACUUCGUAGAUGUCUUGUUUACCGUAGAACAGAAGGGAAGGCAUACUCAGCCCCAGACCCACCUCCAUUACCGCAAUACAGAGUAAAAGAUGCACCACCAUUCACUGUAACUGUUGUAGAUUUCUCCGGAGCUCUCUACGUUCGAGAUAGUUCCAACAACGAGUCCAAAGCAUACAUCUGCCUCUUCACGUGCGCGUUCACCAGAGCCGUGCACUUGGAACUUGUACCCAACCUUUCCGAAGAGGACUUCCUACAAGCGUUCAGACGAUUCACCAGCCGUAGAUCCGUUCCCACACUGAUGAUUUCAGACAACGCCUCCACGUAUGUUGCAGCCUCUAACCAUAUACAACGCCUGUUCGAAUCCCAGACAGUACAAGACGCUCUUAGCAUGAAAGGUACGUGCUCCAUGGUACGGCGGCUGGUGGGAACGUCUAAUUGA